UCCCCAGCCUGAAACCAACUUGAAGACAUGCAGUCUGUCGAUGCCAAACUGAGCAGAAGCUCGCUGCUGCUGGCCUUGCAGCGCUACAGCACUUCUGUGCACAAUAUGGAGCAGACCAUCCUGCUGCCUAGCCUCUUGCGGGACAUCCCAUACAAUGAUGCUCCAGGUGCCACAGACAACAGCAUGGAUCUGUACGAGAACUACCUUAUGCUGAAAGAUAUCAAGAACAUGGUGGAGAGUGGUCUGGUCCCACACGAGGAUGGCGAAUAUCACACAUGCCUGCAGAAAGACCUUGAGCCACUGCUGGAGGCUGAACCUGAGGUGCUUUUCCACUUCCAUCUGUGCGGUCUGUUCACAGUCAUGGCUACCCUUGGGAAGAAGUCUCAGAACUUGACAGAGAAAUACUUAGACAUCAUUGGUUUCAGUCGUUAAGGAUAAGGAUAUCCUUCUUUUAGGGUGGAAGAAACGACCUGG